AUGGCGAACCCAGGUGGAUUUCGUUCCAAUACAAACGGUUGUCCAUUUUUUGCUAUCUAUGUGAUACCUCUGGAAGUUCCUCAAUCCUCUCCUUCUCAGCCUCUGAUUUUUGAGUUGAGUUGCCCGGCCAUCAGUGACUCCAAAAGCACCGUCACAUCAACCGUCCACUUACCACCACAAGAUCUUGCACCUGGAUACGCUUCCUCGAGUAGUGUUUCAACUUCUCACUUAACGGUUCCUGAUAGCGGGCAAUGGGCUACUGUUGAGGCCCAAUAUCCAAUUCUCAAAAAGGAGUUGGCUAAAGCUUGGGGCAAUGAGGAAAUAUUUUGGAAGCAGAAGUCGAGACUCUCUUGGUUAAAUCUUGGGGAUAAAAACACAGCAUUCUUCCAUCGAAAAACGAUGAUCAGACGUCGGAAGAAUGAGAUUUCUGGUAUUGAAGAUGAUCAAGGUAUUUGGCAUGAUGUUGCUAAUGUUAUGCGGGGCACUGCAGAACAGUACUUUCGAAGCUUGUUCACGUCUGAAUCCUUGAACCCAAUUUCAGAUUUUUGGAGUCUUGUCCCGAACCUCAUUUCGGAUGAGAUGAAUGGUGAUUUGCUUCGGCGUGGGACUGAAGCAGAAUUAAAAUUACCAUUAUCUACUAUGGGUCCUUUUAAGGAUCCAAGGCCAGACGGCUUCACUCCUUUAUUCUUCCAAAAUAAUUGGGCGGUUGUAAAGGACGACCUUCUGAAUGGUUUUAAUUCCUUUCUUGAUUCUGGGCACAUGCUUUGGAGCAUUAAUCAUAACAAUCUUGUGCUUAUUCCGAAAGUAAAGCAUCCAACGAGAAUGUCUCACUUCCGGCCAAUCAGCCUUUGUAAUGUCAUCUACAGAAUCUUCUCAAAAAUCCUGGCAAAUCGUCUUCGGCCGCUCAUGAAUAUCCUUGUGUCUAACCACCAGCCAGCUUUUGUGCCCAACCAACUCAUUCAUGAAAAUAUUCUUCUUGUGCAUGAGUUCAUGCAUUACCUUAAAUCUAAGUCAAGUGGCAAACGAGGUUUCCUCGCUUUCAAGCUCGAUAUGGAAAAAGCAUAUAAUCAGAUCGAAUGGAGCUUCCUUGAAGGUAUGCGAAAAGGUUUCAGUUUCCACUCCAAAUGGGUUUCAGUGAUUAUGUCCUGUGUUACUUCUGUUUCUUUCUCUAUUACUAUUAAUGCGGUUUCUGGUAGCUGUUUUCAACCUUCCCGGGAUCUCCGACAAGGAGAUCCCUUGUCUCCAUUUCUUUUUCUUUUAUGCGUAGAAGGUUUGAGCUUCUUAUUGAAACAAGCUGAAUGCAAUCACUCUAUCCAUGGAGUUAAAAUUGGUCCGUCGGUCCCAUCAGUUAGCCACAUGCUCUUUGCGGAUGAUUUUAUCCUUUUUUGUCGAGCUGAAGACCCUGAAGUUUCAAAUCUCAUGGGCAUUCUGGAUCUAUACUCUGCUCUUUCUGGACAGAGGGUGAAUUUUUCAAAGUCAGGAGUCUUUUUCAGUAAAAAUACUGACCCAAGUUUUUGCCUCUCCUUGAGCCGAAUCCUGAGAAUAGAACCUUCGAAUUGGGUAAAUAAAUACUUAGGUCUCCCAUCGCUUAUACAUCGGUCCAAAGCUGAGGCGUUCAAAUUCUUGAAGGAGAGAAUUGAAGCAAAGGUUCGAACGAUGAAAGGUGAUAUGCUCUCUAGGGCUGGCAGAAAAACAAUGCUUAAAUCCUUUAUGGCUGCUCUACCUACCUACACUCUUCAAUGUUAUAAGAUCCCUUCUUCUGUAGCAAAGGCAAUCACUAGUAAAUUCCGUGUGUUUUGGUGGUCAGGAAAAGCUGAUGGGAAUCCUAUUAAUUGGUUAAUAUGGAACUCUUUAUGUGGGGGCUUGGGAUUUAGAGACUUGGAAGAUUUCAACUUGGCUCUUUUGUCUAAGUUUGGGUGUAGGAUGGAGAUGGGUUCAGACUUUAACGACCAGUCUUUGUUCUUUACAGUUUUCAAGCAAAAAUAUUUUCGUGAUAAAUCCUUCCUGGAGUCGCGAUGCCCGGCUAAUGCUUCUUGGGGUUGGCGUAGCAUUUCAGCUUCUAAAAACCUUAUUAAAAAAGGUAUUUCAUGGGUUGUGGGAGAUGGCUCUUCAAUCUGCAUACGGGAAGACAAUUGGUUGCUGGAUCCCGGGAAGCCUUUUAUUUCAUCUCCAUCGCUUAAUCCCUCUUUUCAGAUGGUCGAAGAGCUCAUUGAUCAUAAUACUCGAUCUUGGAAUAGUGCUUUGAUCCAUCAGCUCUUCAACUUCAGAGAUUCAAAUCUUAUUCUUCAGAUUCCUCUUGGCCUAUCUAGUGGAUCCUAUUGCCGUGUUUGGUCUCCCUCUUCGGAUGGAAAAUUUUCUGUCAGGUCGGCUUAUAGAUUGGCCCGGUCGCUUCGCGAGUUAGAUUGCUCUUGUAUUCCAUCAUAUAGUCACUCUCAAAUGCGGUUAUCCCUUUGGCAGUCCAUUUGGAAGAUUCAGGCCACACGAAAAAUUCUUUGCUUCCUUUGGCAAUGCUAUCACGAGCGUAUUCCAGACCUUACUAAGCUCCAGUCUAGACGCAUUUCAGUGGAUAACACUUGUUUCAAGUGUGGCCUGCAUGAUGAAUCUAUUGGACAUUCAAUUUUUUCCUGCCCCUUCUCACGAGUGGUUUGGAAAGCAUUACCGUUAAGGGUCGAAUUCUGCGAUGCCGAAAAUGGGUCUUGGCCUCAAAUUUGGUCUUCUCUUUUAUCCGUUUGGUCUCAAAGUCCUUUAUUCAAAGAUUUUUGCAGUUUGGGGGCGUCCAUUUGCUGGAAUAUUUGGAAGGCGAGAAAUGCCCUCCUUUUCAAAAAAUCUGGCAUUGAAGUUUUGGAGGUGGUAACUAAGGCCGUUUCAGAUUUUCAUGAAUUUUCUGAGAUCGUGGCUCAACACGCUUUGUUUGCUUUGCCUCGGGUGGAGGCUCCUCCUCCUCCCUCUCGCUGGUUUCCCCCAACUGUGGGUAGAGUAAAGCUGAAUUUUGAUGCGUCUUUCUCUGUUGGUUGCCAGGAAUGUGGUGGUGAGAUGGCUGAGGCUCUAAUCCUUCGUCGAUGCCUCGCUCUUAUCCGAGACUGGGGCUAUUCUAAUGUGGACGUGGAAGGAGACUGUUUGUCAAUCAUGACUUUAUCUCCUCUUUCUUCAGCUCUUUCAUCUAUGAUUGAUUUUAUCAAACUUCUGAUGAUUUCUUUUAUGGGAUGCAAUCUAAUUUGGUCCCCUCAUUCAUGUAAUAACGUGGCGCAUGCUAUUAGUCGAUUCUCCCUUCGACAUCGCUCGACAGAGCUGUGUUGGGAUGUUUGGCCGAAAUGGCUGCUAGAUGUUUGUUAUAGGGAUUUUUCACCUCUUCCUCCUUGA